AUGGAUCCGGAGGCGCGGUUCAAGCUGGAGCCGCGCGACGAUGCGUCGCCGGCGCCGCCCAGGAAGAAGCAGAAGCGCAACAAGCCCACGCUGAGCUGCGAGGAAUGCGUCGAGCGCAAGACCAAGUGCGACCGCGGGAGGCCUGUCUGUCUCGCGUGCAUGAAGCGCCAGUCGCCCUGCAAGUACUCCGAGGUCGCGAAUCUCAUCGCAUCUACAGACGGCCCCACGCGCAAUGCCGUGCGCGCGAAGAGGGCAACGAGCAACAAGCCGCCUGCCCUCGGCAUCGACACGCAAGCGCUGCCCAUCCAGGUUCCUGCGCAUACCCAUACCCCCGGACCCCACACCGUCCCUCCCACGCCCACGCCAAGAGGUCAGUAUCGCAGUGGAUCGCUGUCUUCCACCGGCUCGUCACCCUUUCUGCUCUCCAACAUCCCCUUCUCCAACCACACCGCCUCGCCCUUUUUCGGCCUCGGCUCUGACCAUCCCUUUGCCAACUACUGGACCAGCCGGGGCGGGCUCGGUGAAGUCAUAGGCGUCUUGCCAGCCAAAGACCAGGCCGACAUCCUGGUCGCAAAGUACUUCGAUGCCGUCGACCCUGUCUAUCCCAUGGUCCACCGUCGGAACUUCUAUGCCGACUAUGACCGCUUCUGGUCGCUGCCUCACGCCGAGAAGCAGACCGCUGAUCCUGUGCUUGUCGCUCUACACUUCGUCGUAUAUGCCAUGGCUACCCAGUUCAUAGGCCCACAGACAGACCACAAGCGCUCAGAGAUCGCAGAGUUCUACGUCUCUGCCUCUCAACAAGCACUGCGGCUGUCCUCCUACCUGAGUAGGACUUCGAUGCGCACACUGCAAGCAAUGGUGCUGAUAUGCUACUUCCUGAUGAAUGAUAACCACGCUUCAGAUGCGUGGGCCUUUGGCGGCGUUCUCAUGCGGCAAUCCUACGCAAUGGGUUUGCACCGCGACCCGGAUAUCAUCGCCCCGCGAUGUUCACUGAGCGAUAAACAGCAACGAAGAAAACUGUGGCAAGCCGUCAAGUUUCAAGACACCUUCUUAACCGUUCUGCUCAAGCUACCGCCCACAGCCACCUUCUCCGAUGUUCGUGUUGAGUCUCUCACAGAUGAGCUAGGCGACUUCUUACCCACGAUCAACGGCUCUUCCACCAACGGCACGUCCGUAAACCCCAUGAGCAUCAGCAACAUCGCCCAAGUAACCGACAUCUUCCCCACCUACGAGCUGCAAGACCGCCAGUACAUCCGUUCCAUGUGGCACAUGGCAAACCUCGUCCAACGCACCGUUUGCACGCCGCGCUCCCUCGGAAGCCCCAUCAUCAAAUCCCCUAUCGAAAAGUUCGACCUUGUCAACGAGUACCACGAUCUACUCAACUCCUUUCCUCCACUACUGACCACCUCUAAAGAAAGCGCAAUUCAGGGUCUCGCCAGCAACCUGCGCCUACUACGGCAGAACCUGUUCCUAAGAAGUAACUACUGGCACUGCGUCAUGAUCAUUCAAGCAGAUGAGUACGAAGACGGCGGCGUGUCGUGCGAUAUCCGUGGCGCUCUCGAAGCUGCACGGAAUGCACUCCUCGCCUUCUUCCAUUUCUGGGAAUACCUCAGGAUCGACGCCGGCGUCUGGUGGGUUUUUCAGCAUCGCGCUUUCGAAGAAGCUCUUCUGAUGGCACGGAUCCUUGGCACCCAAGAAAAACCCCUCUCAGCAGAAGAUACCGGUAUGAGUCCUGCGAGCGAUCCACUGCUCACCGCGGCACGAGAAGACGCGAAGCAGUGUUUGGCUAUCCUAGACAUGGUUAGUGCACCUGAGGUGCAGAAGACCAGGACGGACGUGCUGAGGACAGCGUUGGCGGAUAUUAAUUGGGGGUAA